CGUGCGGUGUGAAUUACACUACACUGCAUUUUAUCUUGUCUGCUUCAGAUUAAGUUUAUAAACUCUUAACUCACGUCACGUUGUUGUUGAGUAAAUUGAAAAUUUUGGAAUAUCGAUAUUCUAAUUGGCAAUAUUCGAAGGAAUAUUUGAAUUUUUCUAUCCGUUUAAAAACCUGCCAAGUUUGUAAUACAGUUUAAAUGUCGAAUAAAUAACGAGGUGAUAAUCGAAUACAACUUUAUUUUUAUCCAAUUGACCAUAGUAUUAUGCAAAAAGAAACCAGUCAGGUGCAACUGAACUACCUCAAAAGAAUUGUGGACAAUUGUAAAUAUAGACGUAAAAUAUCCAAAAAACAGAAUGAGAAAGUAUUAUCAAGCGUUCUUGCUUGUAACAGCAAUUUUCAGUGUAAUAACUCUUUUAUUUUACCGACAUGAGUAUUAUAAAUUGCGAUAUGUUCUUGAAGUAUUCAAUUACUUUGGAAAACCACACCAAGAUGGUGUAAAAACAAAUUGUCUCAAAACAGUUAAUGAUGUGAAAAAAAUUUCAUUGGGACUCAGUGAACCAUUAUCUUCUUGGCAAAGGCUGGAUGAAGAUUUGUAUUUAUAUUCAUCAUUUGUUACUAACAGCAAUAAAAUACAGACUAUUAGCUAUGGAAGAUUAGACAACCUAGAUUUGAACUGUUUUAUAUUCUUCAAUGAACUAUUGACUCCAAUACCAGGAAAAUUUUCAUUCUCAGUCAUAGGAAAUACAAGCGAUAUCCCUGGCAAAACUGCUUACAGGGGAUAUAGAUUAGUUUGUGAAUACACUGAAAAUAUGAUUCCUGUUGGUGUGAGCUAUCAACCGAAAGAUCAACUUUUAUUUAAUUCUAAGAGCCCUAUUUUAUCAGUAAAAGUUCAAGACAAACAAUUGCAAUACAAUGGCAGUGCAAUAUGUGUAUCUCCACCAUUACACAUACCAAUGUCUAAUGCAGAUAUGAUCAGUUUUCUCAACUAUCAUGACUUAGUUGGCAUGACUCAUUUUAUUGUUUAUGACUAUGGAAUCCCAAAUUCUUUUCAUAAAGCAAUUAAAAAUUUAAUUGAUGAUGCAGAUAAAGGCUGGAAUUUUACCUAUGAAAUUAUACCUUGGAACUUUCCUAUUAGAGAUAUUCAUCCUAAUGUGAUUAGGAAGAUUAUUGAAUGCGAUUGUUUGUACAGAACAUAUCAUAAAGUAAUGUAUGCUACUACAAUGUCAUGGGAAGAAUACCUAGUACUAAAAUAUCAUGCUAUUGUGUCUGAUUUGUUGGUGGAUUAUGAAAGAACAAAAAUGUACGGAAAUCGUUACGUUGUAUCUUCUCAAACAUUUUGUACAGAACAAAAAGACCAUGAGCGAUCAAAGAAUUCAACUCCAAUUAUUUUGAAGAAGAUAUUCUCAUCACCUAAUGCAUUGGAUCUUAACUUGCUUCACAUUUAUAAACCACAUGAAUCAGUAGAUUUGAAAAAUGUAAAAUCUUUAAAAGCAGCUUCUAAUUUAAUUAUUUUGAAUCGUUAUGUUUCCUGUAGUGAUUACAAUCCCAUGAAUAAAUCAAAUAAUAAUGAAACUUCCAUUUUGCGGUUGGCUGGUGAUAUAAUAAAUUCACCAAUACAUAAGAAAUUCAUAAAAGGCAAUAUGUUUGAUGAUCAGUAAACAUGACCAAAAAAUUAAUUUUUUACCACUAAAAUGAGAAAGAUUGGGAAAAAAUGUGAUAGUUUAUUUACUUUUAAUUUGUUAUAAAUAGAGUGAAUAUUCCUUGUGCUAUCAAUUUUUAUAAUUUUUUAAGAAAGUAAAGUAGAUAAUAAGUAUAUAAUCAAAUAACUUGUUGAAAGACUGCAUGCAAACCAACUAUUAAAAGUUCAUUAUUUAUAAGUAACAAGAAAUCAAAAUGAUUUUUAUGUAAAUCUAAUGCUAUUAAAAAAAGAAGAAAAAAAAAGAUGAUGCAGUAGCUCAUGAAUAGUAAUAGAAUUUUAAUAUCAACUUAGUUUGAGCCUGUUCAAGUAUCUUUGUAAUGUAUUUUUGUAUUAAAUGUCAAU